AUGUCUGCCCCAGAGGUCGGCUUCGAGCACAUGGGGCUCGACCCCCGGCUCCUCCAGGCCGUCACGGAUCUGGGCUGGUCGCGACCUACACUGAUCCAGGAAAAGGCCAUUCCGCUGGCCCUGGAGGGGAAAGACCUGCUGGCCCGAGCCCGCACGGGUUCGGGAAAGACAGCCGCUUAUGCUAUUCCGAUGCUGCAGCUGCUACUCCAUAGAAAGGAGACAGGCCCUGUGAUAGAACAGGCUGUGAGAGGCCUGGUUCUUGUGCCCACCAAGGAGCUGGCAAGGCAGGCACAGACCAUGAUUCAGCAACUGGCGACCUACUGCACUCAUGAUAUCCGGGUGGCAGAUGUGUCAGCUGUGGAAGACUCGGCCUCUCAGAGAGCUGUGCUGAUGGAGAAACCAGAUGUAGUGGUGGGGACACCAUCCCGAGUGUUGAGUCAUGUGCAGCAAGACAACUUAAAAUUGCGUGACUCACUGGAGCUGCUGGUGAUGGAUGAAGCGGAUCUUCUUUUUUCCUUUGGCUUUGAGGAAGAACUCAAGAAUCUUCUGUGUCACUUGCCUCAGAUUUACCAAGCUUUUCUUAUGUCGGCGACUUUCAAUGAGGAUGUACAAGCACUCAAGGAACUUGUGCUACACAACCCGGUUACCCUCAAGUUGCAUGAGACUCAGCUGCCAGGGCCAGACCAGCUUCAACAGUUUCAGGUGGUUUGUGAGACCGAGGAGGACAAGUUUCUCUUGCUGUAUGCCCUGCUCAAGUUGUCAUUAAUCCAGGGCAAGUCACUCCUGUUUGUCAACACACUGGAGCGGAGCUACCGGCUCCGUCUGUUCCUUGAACAGUUCAGCAUCCCUGCCUGUGUGCUCAAUGCGGAGCUCCCACUGCGCUCCAGGUGCCACAUCAUCUCACAGUUCAACCAGGGCUUCUACGACUGUGUCAUAGCAACUGAUGCUGAAGUCUUGGGGGCCCCCACCAAGAGCAAACGUCGGAGCAAAGGAAUCAAAGGAGACAGGGCUUCUCAUCUUGAGGCUGGUGUGGCCCGGGGUAUAGACUUCCACCAGGUGUCUCCUAUACUCAACUUUGAUUUUCCUCCCACUCCUGAGGCCUACAUUCAUCGAGCUGGCAGGACAGCACGUGCCAACAACCUUGGUGUGGUCUUAACCUUUGUGCUGCCCACAGAGCAGGCCCAGCUAGGCCAGAUUGAGGAACUGCUCAGUGGAGAAAAUGGGGCCCCUGUCUUGCUUCCCUACCAGUUCCAGAUGGAAGAGAUUGAAGGUUUUCGCUACCGCUGUAGGGACGCAAUGCGCUCAGUGACUAAACAAGCCAUCCGGGAGGCAAGGCUGAAGGAAGUGAAGGAGGAACUACUGCGCUCAGAGAAGCUCAGGUCGUACUUUGAAGACAACCCCCGGGACCUACAGCUGCUGCGGCAUGAUCUGCCCCUGCACCCCGCAGUGGUCAAGCCGCACCUGAGUCAUGUGCCUGACUAUCUGGUCCCUCCCACUCUCCGUGGAGUUGUACAUCCUCACAAGAAGCGGAAGAGAAAACCUCCCUCCUCCUGGAAGGUGCGUAAGGGAAAGACCCAGAACCCACUGCGCAGCUUCAAGCACUGAGGGCAGAAGCCAAGAUCAGCAGUGGUACCCUCCUGA